AAGGAUUAGAACUAUUUUAUCCCAGUGUCCAAACACCUCUCCUCAGCUCUCGCUUCACUCUGUCACACACGAACACGAAGCCGCCCCUCACUUUUCCAUUUUCUUCUCCGCUUCUUGCCCUAGUAUUCCUCGGCGUCGCUCCUCCUACUCACGGUGGUAGUUUGAAGCUCUCUGCUCCGACAUAGCUCUCAACGGAAGCUUCUCUCCUUUCCCUGUUCCGUUUUUUUGGAUUUGAAACAAAAUGGAUGAUAGUCUCUAUGAUGAGUUCGGGAACUAUAUAGGACCUGAGAUUGAGUCUGACCUAGAGAGUGAUAGGGAUGAUGAUGAAGAUCUUCCAGAUAGUAGGCCUGGGGAAGAUGCUGCGGCAUCAGAUGGUGAAGAUGCUGCUGCUGCUUCCAAUGGGUGGUUGACUGCCUCCAAUGAUAUUGAUAUGGAUAAUCAAAUUGUCCUUGCUGAGGACAAGAAGUACUAUCCUACUGCAGAGGAGGUUUAUGGUGAAGAUGUUGAGACAUUGGUUAUGGAUGAGGACGACCAACCUCUCGAACAACCAAUUAUCAAACCUGUCAGAAAUAUCAAAUUUGAAGUUGGGGUGAAGGAUUCUUCAACUUAUGUGUCGACACAAUUCCUUGUUGGUCUAAUGUCGAACCCAACUCUUGUACGAAAUGUAGCACUUGUUGGGCAUUUGCAGCAUGGGAAGACAGUCUUCAUGGAUAUGUUGAUUGAGCAAACUCACCAUAUGUCAACGUUUGAUUCACAUAGUGAGAAACAUACGAGAUACACUGAUACAAGAAUUGAUGAGCAAGAGAGAAGGAUAUCAAUCAAAGCAGUUCCAAUGACCCUUGUUCUCGAGGAUAGCAAUUCUAAAUCCUACCUCUGUAAUAUCAUGGACACCCCUGGUCAUGUCAAUUUCUCUGAUGAAAUGACUGCUGCCUUGAGACUUGCUGAUAGUGCUGUCUUGAUUGUGGAUGCUGCAGAAGGAGUCAUGGUAAAUACAGAGAGGGCUAUCCGUCAUGCAAUCCAAGACCGCUUGCCUAUUGUAGUUGUAAUUAACAAGGUUGACAGGUUGAUUACAGAACUUAAACUUCCUCCAAGAGAUGCUUAUUUUAAGUUAAGGCAUACUCUAGAAGUAAUCAAUAACCUCAUAUCUUCUGCGUCGUCCACCGCUGGUGAUGUCCAAAUCAUUGAUCCUACUGCCGGAAAUGUUUGCUUCGCUAGUGCUACUGCUGGAUGGUCAUUCACUUUACAGUCGUUUGCUAAAUUAUAUGUGAAACUCCAUGGAAUCCCUUUUGAUGCUGAUAAGCUUGCUAGUCGCCUUUGGGGAGAUUUUUACUAUCAUCCAGAUACGAGGGCUUUCAAGAGAAAACCUCCAAGUGGGGGAGAAAGAUCUUUUGUUCAGUUUGUGCUCGAACCCCUUUAUAAGAUAUACAGUCAGGUGAUUGGAGAGCAUAAAAAGAGUGUCGAGGCAACUCUUGCCGAGCUUGGUGUAACUCUUAGCAAUGCAGCUUACAAAUUAAAUGUUAGACCUUUGUUGAGACUGGCAUGUAGCUCAGUUUUUGGUUCAGCCUCGGGUUUCACCGACAUGCUGGUCCGUCACACUCCUUCACCUAGGGAGGCUGCAACUAGAAAGGUUGAUCAUAUAUAUACUGGACCGAAAGACUCUUUAAUCUACAAGGCUAUGAAAGAGUGUGAUCCUCUUGGUCCUUUAAUGGUAAACGUGACAAAACUAUAUCCCAAGUCCGACUGUAGUGUAUUUGAUGUUUUUGGUAGGGUUUAUAGUGGCACAGUUCAGACUGGGCAAACUGUUCGUGUAUUAGGUGAGGGCUAUUCACCAGAUGAUGAAGAAGACAUGACAGUUAAAGAAGUGACAAAAUUGUGGGUUUAUCAAGCUCGAGAUAGGAUACCUAUAGCUGAGGCUCCUCCUGGUUCUUGGGUUCUCAUUGAAGGAGUGGAUGCUUCAAUCAUGAAAACUGCUACUAUUUGCAGUGAGUAUUAUGACGAAGAUGUAUACAUCUUUCGACCUUUGCAAUUCAAUACCCUUCCGGUAGUGAAAACGGCGACCGAGCCAUUGAACCCUAGUGAAUUGCCAAAGAUGGUCGAGGGUCUUAGGAAAAUCAGCAAGAGCUAUCCUCUUGCCAUUACUAAAGUUGAGGAAUCUGGAGAACACACAAUUUUGGGUACAGGUGAACUGUACUUGGAUUCUAUUAUGAAGGAUCUAAGAGAACUCUAUUCUGAAGUUGAAGUCAAGGUGGCAGAUCCUGUUGUGUCAUUCUGUGAAACAGUGGUGGAGUCUUCAUCUAUGAAAUGUUUUGCUGAAACACCCAACAAAAAGAAUAAAAUUACCAUGAUUGCAGAACCACUGGAGAGGGGACUUGCAGAGGACAUAGAGAACAGUGUUGUAAGCCUUGAUUGGCCUCGGAAAGAUAUUGGUAACUUUUUUCAGACAAGAUAUGAAUGGGAUGUGCUUGCUGCACGGUCCAUAUGGGCAUUUGGUCCUGAUAAGCAGGGGCCUAAUAUCCUGUUGGAUGAUACACUUUCAACUGAAGUCGACAAGGGCUUGCUAAAUGCGGUCAAAGAUUCCAUAGUACAAGGAUUUCAGUGGGGUGCUCGUGAAGGACCUCUCUGCGAUGAGCCAAUUAGAAAUGUAAAGUUCAAGAUUGUUGAUGCAAAAAUUGCCCCUGAGUCAUUGCAUCGGGGAUCUGGUCAGAUCAUUCCCACAGCUCGACGUGUUGCUUAUUCAUCUUUUCUUAUGGCAACCCCCCGACUUAUGGAACCUGUAUAUUAUGUGGAGAUUCAAACGCCAAUUGACUGUGUCUCUGCAAUUUACACGGUCUUAUCUCGAAGGCGUGGGCAUGUUACAUCUGAUGUUCCUCAACCAGGAACCCCAUCUUAUAUUGUCAAGGCAUUUUUACCUGUGAUAGAAUCAUUUGGUUUUGAGACGGACUUAAGAUAUCAUACCCAAGGACAAGCAUUCUGCGUAUCGGUUUUUGAUCACUGGGCUAUAGUUCCUGGGGAUCCCCUUGACAAGAGUAUUGUCCUGAGGCCACUUGAACCUGCUCCUAUCCAGCACCUUGCUCGUGAAUUUAUGGUGAAGACAAGGCGUCGAAAGGGAAUGAGUGAGGACGUGAGCAUCAACAAAUUCUUUGACGAGGCAAUGAUGGUGGAGCUGGCUCAGCAGGCAGCUGAUCUACACCUGCAAAUGAUAUGAUAAGUUCAUAUUUUUGGUGUUUACUUUGCUUAUAGCUAAGUUGCUGAGGAUAAAAGGGGUUGGUUUUAAGACAAAAUUGACCUCACUAUAUAGUGUCCGUUGAGAUUGUAGUUUAGACAUCUUUGCUAUUUGCCCUUUCUUAUUUCGUGCCUUUGUCAUAUGCGAUUUUUGUAAGUUGUAACCCAAAAGGAAAUGUACUUAAAAUUUGUUCUUCUUAGUUUUGUAGCUUUUUGUAUCCUAUUUUGAUUAUAUCAUAUGAUCUUUAAUAUUAUCUUUAAAUCAAUAUUUAUGACUUUAUGAUAUCA